AUGAAGAGUGAGCAGAAAAGGAAUUAUUCAGAGGUAACCGAGUUCAUUCUCUUGGGAUUUACAACCCCUCCAAAAUUUCAAGUCUUUUUAUUCUUGGUGUUCUUGAUGAUCUACAUGGUCACUGUGGUAGGGAAUGUCGGCAUGAUAAUGAUUAUUAAGAUGGACUCCAGACUCCAAACACCUAUGUACUUCUUCCUUAGAAACUUGUCUUAUUUGGAUCUCUGCUAUUCCACAGUCAUUGCUCCCAAAACCUUAGCCAACUUCUUGACAAGUGAAAAGAAAAUUUCCUACAAUGGUUGUGCCACCCAAUUCUUCUUCUUUGCUUUGUUUGUUACAACUGAAGGCUUCCUUCUCGCUGUCAUGGCAUUUGAUCGAUUCUCAGCCAUUUGUUCUCCUCUCCUUUAUCCUGUGCACAUGUCCCAAAAGGUAUGUAUUCAGUUGGUAACUGGCUCCUACAUUUGUGGAUGCAUCAACUCCAUGGUACAAACAGGAUUUACCUUCAGCUUGCAUUUCUGUGGAGAAAACAGGCUGGACCACUUUUUCUGUGAUGUCCCAGCUUUGAUUAAGAUCUCCUGUGUUGACACCUUUGUGAAUGAGAUUGUACUGUUUAUUCUCUCUGGUCUCAUCAUCAUCUCCAGUACAACUAUCAUUCUGGUUUCCUAUGGGUACAUUCUUUCCACUGUCCUGAAGAUCCCCUCCACCCACGGCAGGAGUAAGACCUUCUCCACCUGUGGCUCUCAUAUAGCAGCGGUGAGUUUAUUCUAUGGAACUGUGUUCUUCAUGUAUGCCCAGCCUGGGUCCAUCUCCUCCCCAAAGAAAAGCAAGAUUGUAGCUGUGUUCUACACACUUAUAAUACCCAUGCUGAACCCUCUAAUAUAUAGUCUAAGAAACAGAGAUGUGAAAGAUGUUGUAGAAAAAAUAUUAGGUGGUAAACGGUCUCAGUGA